AAGGAGUCUGUGAGGGAGGGAGCAAGCGUGAGGGGGAGAGAGAGAGAGAGAGAGAGGGAGGGAGCGUGGGUCUGGGGCGUACACGCAUGCUUGGCCAGGUAGAGGCGGGCUGGCUGGAGGACUGGUGGUGUCGGCGCGGCCCCAACAGUCAGGUGCAAGAGCAGCUUCUACCAAGCCGCGUUCACCCUCCGCCGUCAGGAAAAAAUCAAUAGUGAUACCGUAGUGGGUCGGCUGUGUCGCAGUCUACCGGGAAAUAAUCCAUAAAGCGAUAGUGUAACGGAGAGACUCAGCGACAGGAGGUAAAGCAUGCCAUUAACACACCCCGACGCAAAUUCUCUCCCCUACUGAGGCGAGUGUCGAGCGAGGAACUCACCCGAGAGAAGUUCCUGUGGUUUCAUGUAUAUUUAGUGUGAUUUGUUAGUGAGUGUAACAUUAAUUCUCGGGUGAGUGGCUCCUGUGAUCAUGUCGCGGGAAGUUGAUUGCAACACCUCGCUCGAUAGCCACCAUUACUGGUAACGAGUGAUCAAAUGUCCCUGCAGAACGCCUUUUUACCCAACUUAUUUGUUACCCAAGACGAGAAUGUGAAACUACGGAAUGAAUCAGUUGUACAUAAAUAAAGUCAAACUCGAAUCGAUUUAUAUAACUGGAUGUAAAUUUCCCACAUAAUGAAAAUGUUAUUCAUGUCACGUUUUGAUAGACGACUUGGCCUGCCUCCCUUGUGUACUUCAGUGUUGCUGGCCUGAAACUUUCGUUCAUACACACUGAGGACAACUUCCCUACAAAACUCUGGAAAAUGUUGGUCAUGAAGACCUUCCUUCACAUCUCUGCUGUGAUCUUCCUCUCAGGCAAGGGUGAGGUGAGAGGAGAGAGCGGCGUGGUGGAGGGCUCACCCUCGUCAGGUGGAGGAUGGGGAGAGUCUCAGCAUCGUCGGGAGGACGAGGAUGUGUGGGCGGCUGCCUUGACCCUCAACACUGCAGUGCCUCCUGACCUUCAGGUGCAGAACAACACAGAGAUCCUGGCGCAGGUGGGAGGCGAGGCCACCUUCACCUGCUUCACCCAUCACCUCUCCGAUGAAAUGGUGACGUGGAUGAAGAGAGACGAUGAUCAACUCCUGACUGUGGGACAACAAGUGUAUGCAGCAGAGACACGCUUCUCAGCCACUCACUCCCAUCAUAGUAAGGCUUGGGAGCUCUGGGUGAAGGACAUUCAGCUGUCAGAUGCGGGCCACUACGAGUGUCAGCUCACCACUCAUCCUCCAGUGACCUUUUUCUUCACACUCAAAGUUACACAGGCCGAAGCAGUGGUGAACGGGCCGAGUGAGGUUCAUAUUGAGGAAGGCUCAAAGCUGGCACUGGAGUGCCAGGUGAAGCACGCUGUCGCCCCCCCAGUUUACAUCUUUUGGUACCACAACUCAACCAUGGUUAACUACGGCCAACACGCACUUGAAGUGCAUCACCAAAACUUCACCAGCAGUCUGGUGGUGACACGUGUUCGUCCCUCUGACGCGGGUACCUACUCCUGUCAGCCCCACUUGGCUACCCCUGCCAACGUUACUGUACACGUCGUCACAGGCAAGAAGCCGGCGGCCAUGCAGCACGGGAGAAAGCAAGUGGGAGGAGGUGGGGAGGCUUCCCGUCCUCAUCUCGCUAUUCUCCUCGUAAUCUCCAUCACCUGCCUCCUGGCCAGCCUCCCGACGGAGCGGUACUUCCAUCUCCUCCAUCGCUGCUGCUACUGACCCGUACUGACCUCUCCUAGCAGUAUAUGGGCCUCAGCUUCACUAGUCAAGCGGGGAGUUCCUAUAGGUUAUACUGGAGUAGAGGGUGAGACUGAGGUUCAGGUUUGUAUUCAGCCAGUGUCAUAUCGUCGGGUGUUUUCUGAGUCAGUAACUUCCAAGGUCAACCUCGAGCCUAACAACACUCUAGCUUCAAGGUUGAUAUUGUCCAGGUGAAGAAUGAGUCACAAUACCCAGGCAGAAGCAGUUCACAAAUAACCUAUAAAUUGGAGAUAAAACUAGACCACUAUCAGUCGAGUUUUGAUGGUCCAAAACAGAUUAAAACCUUAAUUUAUCUACCAUUUGUAGGCUAGUUGUGGAAUGACUCUCCCUGUAUAAAUCUGGGUCAACAUUUAUCAAGACCAACUUGCUCUUGGCCAAUAAUUCGAAAGUUGUAUAUUGAUACGCAGAUAUACGUUCGUUACACUGGUGUGAGUCCUAUCCUAAUUUGACAUCUAAAAUACAUUUAUUUCCCAAUUAUUUGUCUCAUUGGCAAAUGUCAGUCACUUCAUCCGUUAUUCUAUAACCAUAGAAUGAAGCGUCAGUUUUCCUCGGUCAUUCUUCGUAUGUUUUUCAGCACCUUUCUUUACUAGAGUGGGGACCAUAACCGAUAAGUUAUUUUAUCUAGGUAUCUGCGUUAUUUGUAUGUUUGAUAUAAAGUAUUAGCUAUUAGGUGUGUCAUAAAUAUGAACUCUUGGUCCAUUUCUUAUAUGUUAAUUAGACAAUAUGCGGCAUUUUAUUGAGAAAUCCCUGGUGGGCGAAAUGUUUCAAUAAAAUACAUUAAGCCACAUAGUGUCUUACCAGCAUAUUUGUCGAUGUAUAAUACCGUUGAUAUGUAUCCACUUUUCUUCUAACAAGAAUUCUAAAAAAAAUCGCAAUCCGUUUCACUAAUUAGUCUAUGACGCGCUUAUUCUUUUUCCGCGGAUUUAGGACCAUAAAUUUUUCGAUGCUAAAAAACUACAAGGGAGGGAAGAAGAAAGACGGGUGCUUUGACGGUGAAACAGCUCUUGAUCCAAUAAAUUGGAGGUACCGUCUCCUUCGGAUCAUACCUGAUUUCCUCCAUGUUUAUCAUUCGCUCUAUGACCCCAAGGUGCCUGAUGCUUCCCACUGAUUACAGCGAUUUUCUUACACCACGUCCCUGACCACACAUCAAAGGCUUUAAAGUCUUUGUGGUCUAAAAAUUUAUCGAUCAGUUUCAAAUGUCGGUAAAGUUAUAUAACUGUUUAUUUCCUAAUUAAUCUCUUAUAUGUAAAUUAUAAACAGCACGAGACCAAAUACUGUCGCCUGAAGAACGUCAAUUACGAUAAGUUCCUUCCCUGAUUGUUGUUUAUGGAGAAGGGUAAACCCGUCUGAGAGUCGUAUAAAGUAAUCAGACUUGAUACAAGGGAAAAGUAACUCUGUAUUACUUAGAUUUUAUUCCAUAAUCUUCAUCUCUCCUGAAAUAAGGUAAGCAACUCUUGUUGCGCAAAACAGUAGCAACACCCACGGUCAUGUAGAAAUAAAAUUUUGUUUUGGUUAGUAUACACUUAUUAUAUACCGCUCAGAUAUCUUAAAAGAUUAAUAAAAAGGCACAAUACCGUGACUGGAACAUUACACAAAUAAUCCGCACAUAUAUAAAUGCUUAUGACGACGUUUCAAUCGGACCGAAACGUCGUCAAAAGUUUUUCUCCAUUGUAUCUACGGGUUUUCUGUGUAACUUGAGAUAUUCUUAAGCAGGAAUACCUCGUUCUCUAGGGAAAACCGCACCAAGAUAUUGAUUAAAUAUUUUUCAAGGUAACUGCCGGCAGUUACAUCAAACUCUGACCGAUUACAGUAUUUUGCCUGCCAUUGAGAUCACCCUGAGUGGACAGUAAUAUCAAAAUGAAGGUUUUUCCCCCUGCUUAAAGCGCCUUUGAAUUACAACUUAUAAAACGCUGGGCAGUCUCCUAAAUCAUUGCAAAAUAUCGUAAUUAUGGAAGGUGGCCAGGGUAAUAAAUAUUUACAAAAGGGGAAACAGGUGCUUUAAGAAAGCCCAACUGUGGGCGAAACGUCGUAUACAUGAAAGCUUUUUCACUGCAUUAUGUGGUCAGCUUACGCAAAUGUAGGAACGAUAUAGUUUAAAAUAUCGACAAAUGUAAAAACGACACAUGCGCAGGGUAUUAUAACGAGGAAACGUUUCGUUAAAAGAAUUCAUUAAAAAAAAAUUCCUCAGGUCCCAGCUUUUUAAAAACUUUCGACUUGUUUAAAAGCUUUAUUUCAGUGAACAUAAAAAUCACAAGUCAAAUCUUCCCAUUGGCUGCUAAAGUGCGUUAAUACUUAACAAAAUUAGCGAAAAUAAAAAUGAUAUUUAGGUCAUAAAUUUUCCAGUGCAUUGGGUAGUAUAAGUAUUUUAAACCAUUUUCAUCUGGCUUGAAUAUUUUUUUCUAUUAAAAAAUGUAAAAAAAAAAUUACAAUAUGUCCAUCAAGGAGGAAAAAUUCUCAUUAAGAACUAAUCUGCAGCUAAAGCUAUUUUAUACCCUAUUAUAUACUUGCAUUAUUAAUUAAUAUUUUGUCGGUUUCUACCGUUUUCAUUCAUUUAUUCGUUCUGUUGUAUUUUUUUGUGAUGCGGCUUAGCAGUCAGUGAGAAGUUCACCUCGGAAGGAACUAGUAACACUUACGUCGUUUAGGACAUUCUCCGUGAGAGCAAGUUGGCCCGGGUAUUGACCAAAAU